GACCCUUUUAUUAUCUGUGAUUCCGACACCAUCCAUCCAUUUCCAUUCCAAUUCCAUUCAUUCUUUUGUACCUACCCAUAAUAAAAUGCUGUUAAAAUAAGACCUUUACAUAAAAUUACAAAAUACGUAUUUUAUCUGGCUACAGGAAUUUUAUUUCGUAGAUAUGACAAGUGAUUGGUACGAUGGAAUUGGACGCCCACGUUAUGUCGUGGCCCCAAUGGUCGAUGCUAGUGAACUUUCAUGGAGAAUACUUUGCAGGAGGCAUGGAGCUCAGUUGUGUUAUACUCCGAUGUUUCAUAGUAAUGUUUUUGUAAAAGAUUCUAAAUACAGGAGAGAUAGCUUACAAACAUGUGAUGAGCAGGAUAGACCUUUAUUUGUACAGUUUUGUGGUAAUAAUCCAGAAACAAUGGCUGCUGCUGCUAAGCUAGUUGAAGGACAUUGUGAUGCUAUUGAUAUCAAUCUUGGCUGUCCACAAGCAAUAGCCAAACGAGGCAGAUAUGGCUCCUUUCUCCAAGAUGAAUGGAAAUUAUUGCAAAGUAUAGUUUCAGAAAUGUCUAAAGCAGUUUCAAUACCAAUAACUUGCAAAGUUAGAAUAUUUGAAGAUGUUGCCAAAUCUGUCCAAUAUGCUCUCAUGCUGCAAGACGCAGGUUGCAAAUUGAUAACAGUACAUGGUAGAACUCGGGAGCAGAAAGGACCACUCACUGGGAUUGCAAGCUGGAAACACAUUAAAGCUGUGAGGGAAGCAUUAUCAAUACCUAUGUUAGCUAACGGAAAUAUUCAAUGCUUGCAAGAUGUGCAUAGGUGUUUAGAUUAUACAAAGGUUGAUGGUGUAAUGAGCGCAGAGGGUAUCCUCACUAACCCAGCUCUAUUUGAAGGCAUCAAUCCAGUAACGUGGGACAUUGCUUUGGAAUAUUUAGAACUAGUGGAGCAGUUCCCUUGCCCAUCUUCAUAUAUAAGAGGACAUUUGUUCAAAAUUUUCCACAAAAUAUUCACUUUUGAAGAGAAUAAUGACAUACGACAAAUAUUAGCAACAGCUCAAAACCUGGAUGACUUCAGACUUGUAUGUUCUAAAAUACGAACCAAAUAUUUGCCACUACAUGAAGGUAUUCAGUAUUAUGAUGACAAUAAUAACAUAUCCAGAAAUGGUUUUGAUUUGAUUUUGCCACCAUGGAUUUGUCAACCAUAUGUGAGGAUAUCUCCUGAAGAACAUACAAAAAAAAUGAACAUGCAUAAUAAAGUUCAGGAUGAAAAUCAGUGUAAAAGACUUCAUGAGGAUACAGAUGGCAAUAUUAUAUCAAGAAAGAAAAUGAAAAAGUUGAGGCGAAUUUUGAGGAGGCCACCAAGGCCUGACAAUCAGAGUGGGAGAAGUGGUGAUAUAUGUAUAAACAAUGGUUGUCUUAACCCACUUGGUGGUAAAUGUAUAUACAAAUUUUGCAAAAAAUGUUGUAGAAACAAAUGUUUCGCGGAAAAUUUGGAUUGUACAGGACACAGGAUACUAGUGCGUACUAGACGGGACAUGGCAAAGAAAUUUAGUGACAUCUGUGAAAAAGACUCAUGUCAAUAAUAACAAGGUUGAAGCAAUAUUUAAUGAAAAUAUGAAAAUUAUGUAAAUACAUAAUAAGUUUUUAUGGAUUGUCAUAGAAUAAAAUAUUAUUUUAUGAAAAUAUUUAA